GGCGCAGGAGAGCGAAGGCUGGUGUGCACUGUGCAGGAUGGUCGUGGAGGUGGAAGGAUUUUUCGGGGUGUAUCUUCUCUUUUGCACCAACCCGAAGUAUAAAGGUCGGAUCUACAUCGGCUUCACCGUGAACCCAGAGAGACGGAUCCUGCAGCACAAUGGAGGCAAACAGAAGGGCGGAGCCUGGAAGACGAGUGGGAGGGGCCCCUGGGACAUGGUGCUGAUCGUCCACGGAUUUCCCCGUGAUAUCGCAGCCUUACGGUUUGAGUGGGCCUGGCAGCACCCACAUGUCUCCCGCCGGCUCACCCACGUGCCACGGAAGACAAAGAAACAAUCCAGCUUCGACUUCCACCUCAUGGUCCUCUACCACAUGCUGAGGGUGGCCCCCUGGAAUCGCUUGCCCCUCACCCUGCGUUGGCUCAGACAGGAAUACCACAGAGAGCUGCCGCCCCUCCUCCAGCCUCCGCUGCACAUGCCCCUGGCAUACGGACAAGUGCGCGCCAAGCCGAUCGCCAAGACACAAGGGGAGAAAGGCCAAGGAGAGGGAGGCAUCCAGCUCCAGAGCGCCUCCCAGCGGUGCAGGGUGUGCUAUGACAAGCUGCAGAGUAAGGAGGACGCCCUCCACUGCUUCCACCCCGGCUGCUCCCUGACCGCGCAUAUCUUAUGUCUGGCCAAACUCUUCCUCCGAAAUGAGCCGGACCACCUGAUUCCAGUGGAGGGUCUGUGCCCCAGCUGUGGGAAUUCAGUGCUUUGGGGAGACCUGAUCCGAUAUAAGAAGGGCUGCUACGGGGACCUGGAGGAGAUCUCGCAGACGCAGGGACACUGGGUGGACGAGCUGCACAGCUGACCCCCGCCAGGCACCGAGGAUUGUGGAACACUAUUACACCCAUCAGAGGACGUGCCCGGCCAGCGCGUGUCUGAUAGCCCUGUAUGUGAGGAGCGAGAACAGCGGACUCCAACCUGCAGCUUUACUACUGUCCGGGCAUGCUGGGAGUUGUAGUCUCAUAGCAGCUGGAGACCAGUGAUUGAUUUGGAAGGGGUUUAUUUAUUCUGAUAUUUAUGACAUUGAUCUGUGGAUAGAAUAA